CGCGCCGCGCCGAGGGACCUCCUCGGCCGCCGCCAAAGCUUCCCGCCGGCCCCCGAGCCCACCCGCUGGCACAGCCGCCCGUGCGUCCCGCCGCCAGGGCAGCGGGACCGGGAAACUUUUUUAUUUCGGGAUAAAGGAGGGAAACAAAAAAAGGAAAAAACAAAAAGAAAAAAAAAGAAAAAGUUGUUUCCCCCCCUCCUCUGCCCUGUGUAUCUCUCCUACCGCUGUCAGGUGACCUUUUAGCGUUAGAAGCUAAUGAGCGUGGAUGCUCUGGGGAUCCCGGUGAUGGACCCUGCUGCUCUCUCCAGGCGGAACACGGCGCUCAGAUUAGUAGGCUUGGCGGGGGCUCCUCGCCACCAUCACCGCCCCCCUCAGAGCAUGACAGGCUUCCCGGGCGUCGCCGGGCACCCCCACACCACGGCGCCCACGCAGCCGGGGGAACACGCCGCCGAGUCCCGCCUCGGGCCGCAGCAGCUCCGGCCAGAACACAUGGGGCACCGCCACCAUUCUCCUCCUCAUCCUCCUCCUCAGCAUCACCCCGCGGCCCUUAAGAUCAGCCCUGCCCCUCAUCCCCACCACCAGCUCCACCAACACCACCACCACCAUCAUCAUCAUCAUCAUCAUCAUCACCAUCAUCAUAUGGCAGGCCAAGCCGAGGUGGUCUGUAGUCAAACGGCAGCGUUUGGCCCGGCGCAGUCACCAGCAGCCCCCUACCCCGUCUGUCACCCAGCCCAGGCUCUGGCAGCAGGUAGGGACUUCUUCAUACGCAGAGACCCGCCGGCCCCACUCAUGCCAGGGCUGACCGAGCAGCAUCCCGCUGCAAGUUCUCACCACGGACUGUUUGUCUCAACAACAGGUAGCUUCCCCGGACACCAUGGUCACCACCACCACCACUCAGAAGCUGGGAAUCCCUCUCUGUUCACUGGACUCCAUGAGCAGCCUCCCCAUGCAGCUCCAGGUGGCCAUCUAAACGGACAGCUCAGACUGGGGUUACCUGGAGAAAUGUACGCCAGGUCUGAACACUUCACUCAAGUACCGGCCUCCAGGACAGAUCAUUUUGCUGCUUCUUCGCUUCAUAACUACGGUGGUAUGAAUCUGAACGUGAACCUGGCUCCACACCACGGCCCGGGUGCCUUCUUCCGUUACAUGAGGCAGCCCAUCAAACAGGAGCUCAUCUGUAAGUGGAUUGAGUUGGACCAGACUCCCAAAAAAUUAUGCUCGAAAACUUUCAGCACGAUGCACGAGCUGGUGACUCAUGUCACGGUGGAGCACGUUGGAGGACCCGAGCAGUCCAAUCACAUAUGUUUCUGGGAAGAGUGUCCGAGAGAAGGGAAACCUUUCAAGGCCAAAUAUAAACUUGUAAAUCACAUCAGAGUCCACACAGGUGAAAAACCUUUCCCCUGCCCUUUCCCAGGCUGUGGCAAAGUGUUUGCCAGAUCAGAGAAUCUCAAAAUACACAAAAGAACUCAUACAGGGGAGAAGCCGUUCAAAUGUGAAUUCGAGGGCUGUGACAGGCGCUUCGCCAACAGCAGCGACAGGAAGAAGCACUCGCAUGUCCACACCAGCGACAAGCCCUACAACUGCAAAGUGAGAGGCUGCGACAAGUCCUACACCCACCCCAGCUCCCUGAGAAAACACAUGAAAGUGCACUGCAAAUCCCCUCCUCCCAGCUCCGGCUACGAGUCCUCCACGCCCUCCUUGGUGUCCCCCUCCUCGGACUCCGGCCGGGAGCCCCCCGCCUCCUGCUCCCACGCUGAGCCCUCCGCGCCCGCGCAGCCCGCCGCCAACCUGAGCGAAUGGUACGUGUGUCAAGGCGCGGGGCCCCGCGGCCCCCCCGGGCCCCCCGGCGCCUCCCCGCCGCCGCGCCUCCCCGCCGAGCCCCGGCCCCGCUGCUAG